UCAAAAUGUUUGUGUUCUAUUUUGUAAUGUAAACUGAACAAAAUAUUUUCAAUUAAAUCAAAGAUUUGUGUUUUAUUAAUACACUAUGUCUUGUAAUUACGCCGACGGCUUGUCUCCGUAUGAAAAUAAAGGAAUCCUCGGAGUUCCAGAGAAAUUUGACUCCAUAGAGAAGUUUAACAAGAAAUGUGAACUUUUAGCUCAACUAAUAAACCAAGCAAAGCAUGUGGUGGUACACACAGGGGCAGGCAUCAGUACAUCAGCAGGAAUACCAGAUUUUAGAGGACCCAAUGGAGUGUGGACAUUAGAAAAAGAGGGUAAAAGGCCAACAACGAACAUUUCCUUUGCUGAUGCAGUUCCAACAAAGACACAUAUGAUAUUGAAGAAGCUAGUAGAGUGUAACAAAGUACAUUAUGUCGUCAGCCAGAACAUUGAUGGUCUGCAUUUAAAGUCAGGCCUCUCUAGAAAGUAUUUGGCUGAAUUACAUGGCAAUAUGUUUAUUGAUGAAUGUAAUUUGUGUAAAAGGCAAUUUGUGCGAAGUAGUCCAGUUGAGACAGUGGGUAAGAAGUGCAGUGGAGUGCCAUGUGCAGCGGAACAUGUGACAGGUAGACCAUGCAGGGGACGCUUGUAUGAUGGAGUCCUGGACUGGGAACACAGCCUGCCGGAAAAUGAUCUCACAAUGGCAGAGUGGCAUUCUAGUAUUGCAGAUUUAAGUAUAUGCUUAGGAACAACUCUUCAGAUAGUUCCCAGUGGCAACCUGCCAUUGGAGACUGUAAAGUAUGAUGGCAAACUAGUCAUUUGUAAUUUACAACCAACAAAACAUGAUAACAAAGCAGAUCUCAUAAUCAAUUACUAUGUUGAUGAUGUACUAGAAAAAGUAAUGAACAUUCUCAACAUAGAUAUACCAACAUACAAUGAAGAUGACAACCCUAUAAAAAGGGCUGAUACAGCUAUCAUAGACUGGACAAUCGAUAGACGCGAUGUUUUAUCAUUAGACAAAAGAUACAAAGCAAAAUGCAAAGGUGUCAAGAAAAAACGAAUUUUAAUUAAAAAUAAACGUAACAGUACAGAAAUUAACUCGGAAAAUGGAAUUAGUGAUGAUAAAACGAAAAUAAUAAAGCUAGAAAUUAAGGAAGAACAAAAUGGUGAUGUAGAAGUUAAGCCUGAACCUGCAGAUGUAAGUGUAAAUGGCCAGUGUGCUGAUAAAUAAUAAAAAAAAUAGUGUACAUUACCAAACUGUUUGGUUUAUUAUAAUCUAUGGACAAACUAAAGAUAGGAUGAAG